UCCGCGGCCCGCGCGGGCGAGUGACAGGGCUGGACAGACAGGCUGACGGCAGUGACGGCACUGACAGCGGAUCCGAGAUCCGAGUCAUUCGAGCUCCGGGCGUAACGCGGCCGUAACGACCUGUUACCGCGCGGACGCGCUGGAGGGAGCGGAACAAAAACGCGACUUCCUAUGCCUGGCGCGGCAGUGAGUCAUCGUGAAAGUGCGGGAUCGCUGUACAAGAGCGGGACGACUCUCGGGAACGGCGUCAUGGAAGUCCUGGAUCCGAGCGUCUCCAGGGACGAUCAGCCGCUGUGCGUCAACGAUUCUCUGGAGCCAGUUAACACAUCGCAGAUUCCGCCAGAUACCACUUCAUGGAUAAAAGCGCGUCAUACUCUCGGUGCCCUGGGCUUUCUUGGCUUCGCCCUUGUAUAUGCUAUGAGGGUCAAUUUAUCGGUAGCCAUUGUCUCCAUGGUUAACCAGUCAGCGAUUCCGCACACCGAUGAUAACGAUACUAGUGACGUUUGUCCUAAGUAUACACCCAAGAUAAACCUGACUUUCGUACCGAGCGCGGGAGAAUUUGCUUGGGAUGAAAAGACUCAAGGCAUUAUAUUAGGCGCAUUCUUUCUCGGCUAUGUAACUACAAAUGUUCCGGGUGGUAGAAUGGCUGAGAAAAUGGGCGGCAAGUUAGUUUAUGGUCUGGGAGUAUUUCUGACCGCUAUUCUGACCGUGAUAAGCCCAUUCGCCGCGUAUUGGGGUCUGGUACCAUUUUUGGUUGUACGAGUUGCGGAAGGAUUUACUGAGGGAGUAACGUUUCCUGCGAUGCACAGUAUGCUGGCACAUUGGGUACCCCCGUUAGAGAGAAGUCGAUUUGCUGCUACAGUAUACGCAGGUGCGAAUUUUGGAACUGUCGUCUCAUUACCAGUGAGCGGCUGGCUAUGUUCCUUAGAAUUGUGGAACGGUUGGCCCCUUGCAUUUUAUUUGUUCGGUAGUCUCGGUCUCGUGUGGUACAUAUUCUGGUUGAUAUACAUUUACGAUACUCCAUCGCUACACGUGAGCAUCGAUCCUGCCGAAAAGGCGUAUAUCGAAGCUAGCGUCGAAAAAAAGAACGAGGACGAUGACCCAGGAGUACCUUGGCUGUCCGUCUUUACCUCUCUACCUAUGUGGGCUAUUACUAUUACGCAGUGCGGCCAGGCCUGGGCCUUCUACACUCUUCUGACCGACCUGCCGACGUAUAUGGACAAAAUUUUGAAUUUUAAUAUACAGCAGAACGCAGUUUUCUCAACGUUUCCGUAUUUGAGCGCUUGGCUGAUGGGUCUUCUUAUCUCGAUGUUCGCGGACAUGCUCCUCGCUCGUCGUUUGAUCUCACCUCUGGCUUCAUUCAAACUAUGGAACACGGUGGCCUCGGUGGGGCCCAGUCUCGGUUUUGUCGGUGUUAUCUGGGCCGGAUGCAAUCGUAGAAUGGUGAUGCUGAUGCUCACCAUGCUGGGAUCUCUUCAAGGCGCGGUGUAUGCCGGAAAUCAGAUGAAUCACAUCGCAUUGGCACCACGUUACGCGGGUACCCUGUAUGGAUUGACGAACGCCGCGGCCAAUGCGUGUGGUUUCUUGGCACCGUAUGUUAUCGGCAGUAUAAUACAGGGACAUGAAACCCUCGCACGCUGGCAUAUAGUCUUCUGGAUGGCAGCGGGAAUAAAUGUGGUUACUAAUUGCUUCUAUUUGAUGUUCGCGUCCGCAACUGAGCAGCCGUGGAGCAAGGGCGGCAGUUGAUGACAAUGCCGCGUUAGAAGUUUAACGAUAUUAAAUGUGGAAAAUAAUAUACUUUUUAAUCAUGUUGCACAUAGUACAUUUUAAUUUGGCUGGCCAGUUUUACAUAAUUUGAUAUGUAUUUAUCAUUCAUUAUUAUUUUGAAAAAUAAUUUAUUUUCAUGGCUUUUCUAAAAUUAUAAUUGUAUUUAUCGUUGAGCGAUACAUGCAAUGACAAAUGAAUCAAAUUUCAGUAUUA